AGAAAUCACACUCUGAAAGUAAGAGUGAAUUUUCAUCUUAGUUGACUUAUGUAAGUAUUAUUUACAGGCAACUUAGAAUGGUAAUGCUUGCAGACAAAGUCAGUAUGUGAUAAUCUUAGGAUUUCCAGACAUGGAUUAUAAAAUCAAUGUUCUAUCAUUAGCGGCCUAUAGCCUGAUAUACAGGCAUUACUUAUCCGAAGGUAAGCACACAUCUACACAUCUACAUCAUACAGGUAUAUACAUAGGUAUACAUAUCUGAAGAUUUUCAAACAAACCUAACCCAGGACCUAGCACUUUGUCAAAGUGAAUGGAAGUGAGUUUGGAUAAUAGACUCUUCCGACCGUGACCGACUAACAAGCACUGGCUAAAUAGCACACAUAAAGCAAGCUGUUUAUGUGCCCCAUGCUUUUGUUGUCCUCACUGAUCAUUCGUACUCUGACUUUGGACCAUUUCUACCUGUGAAUCACACAACAAGGUGCUUGGAUAAUCAGACAGAUAGCUAUAGGUGUGUGCGCGGGUGAAGUACCUGGAUAGAUAGGUGUGUUUGAUUGGAGUGUGUGUACCUGUUCAGGUGAGAUUUCGGACCCUAGGAUUAUUAACGGGUAUGAAACUCGAACACGGCUUCUAAAGCCUCGGAUCAGCAUAUUGAAGGGGAAACGCCUUCAGGUAUCGGGAUGGUAUACACCUGUGCAUAGUACCUUGGCCAUACAAUUACCUAAUUAACAGCAGGGCCAUGAGUGCCAAGACAAGUAGGAAGGAGUUUAGCCCGAAGCAGUUCAUGAAACAGCCACAGAACAACGGCAAUGUGCCCAUCACAUACCCUCCCGAACCCCCAGACGAUGAGAACAUGAAUGAGAUCGUCAGUGAUGAUGUUGACCUUGCUGUCAUUAUGCCGGAUGGCAAGGUCAAGCACGUCACUGUAAACUCCAACAUUCCUAUGCUCGACCUGCUGGUCAAUUUAGCAGCGUCCAGUCGACUGAAUCCGUCGGGGUUUACCAUCGUCCUGCUGUCGGAAGAAACGGGCAAAGCCAAAGAUUACAAACCUAAUCAAACUAUUGGAUCUUUAUGUGUUAAAAGCAGUGAAAGUUCUAAUCGUGGAAAACGUGCUACUCUUGAGUUAAAGUCCAAAAAGUUGGAUAAAAAAUCAUCAGCUAAACAGAGUCAACCUUUCGAGAUGACGUACCGUUUUACGGUGAACCUGCCCCAGAGCCAGAAAAAGGUACUACGCAUCAGCCAGACGACGCCCCUAGAGACAGUCCACCGUCAAAUCUGUGGAGAGAAACGUCUGGACCCUGCACAUUUUAUUUUCAAGCUCCCUGGGGACCCACAGGGUAUGGUUGAUAUGUCGAGAACUGUCGGGGAGCUGGGUAACAAUGAAAUCAACCUCAUCGCCAGGACAGUGACAAUGGACAGUGCUAAAUCAAUGCCAGAUCUAUCGGUGGGCCGAAGUCAGUCUGUGAGAUUAGACCCAUCUCCAUCAUACAUGCCCAUGGCGGGGGAGGGCAAGAAAAAGAAGGGUUUCUUCUCGUUCUUAAAGAAAGACAAAAAGUUCAACUUGCAGGCGGCACAUAUGGAAGUAGACCGGGGGCCACCCCCAGCUCCGAUAUCUGGUGGUAGCCCUCCUCUACGCAGAAAGUCCGAUCAGCAGGUGGCUCGACCACGCACCAUGUAUACCUCCUCCCCUGCCAUUGACAUCGACACGCGGCCCAAGUCACUGAUGGUAUCUCAGGUUGAGGUUUUACCAGAACCCAAGCCAAAGACAAAUAAUCAGACAGUAAAGGAAAAAGUAAUUCCUCCACCACGUACGAAAAAACGAAAGGCACCAGCGCCACCUCCACCUCAAAAUCAGCCCCCUGCAAAAACUGUACAGGUAGAAAUCAGUGUUGAGAAACAAAACAUUGAAAAAGAGGCUGUGAUGUCAGAUAGGUUGCCUAGUGUCAAUGAAAAUGAGGCAUCAAAUUCAAUGUCGGCAACGUCUGAAAAAAAUCGCACAGAACAAUUAGCACAAAAAUUACAUUCGCGGAACAGUUCAGAUUCAAGUGGAUACCACGAGUUAACACUAAGUGGGGCGGAGUCGCCCGACGCGGGACGUAUAGACGAAAACUUACAAAUAAUUAUAGACACUACGUCAAUAGAUAGUGGGGAACAAAUGAAUGGGGAUAGUGGAAUACGGGAUAUAUCUCCGCCUCGACGAAAACCACACCCAGCACAAACAAUGGAGGUUGGGGCCAGCCAGACACUGCCAUUACACAAGGAAGAAAAGAAGGGGCCUCCUCGGGCUAGGUCCCUUGAACGUGAUGAACAAAAGAAAAAAUCUCAAGGGAAGAAACGAAAAGCUGCCCCUCCACCACCUCCAACAGCUGCCAUCCCUCCAUCCUCAUCUGAUCACCCCUCACCUGUAGCAAACUCCCAAUCAGUACCACCUCAGCCAACCGUGGCCAUCACAGUAGUAACUGCCACAGACCCUCCCCCCUCCAGUCCCCCAGCAACAGAAAAGACCUCAGGGUCACCUCGCACCAACGACCACGAACUCACCACAGAAGACGAGGAUGCUUUAGCAGUAGCUGAGGUGAUGGCAGAGUUCGACCGAGGCCUUGAGAGUCCACGAAUGAUGAUGGUGGAAAACGACUCCAUCAAAACGGAGGAUAUUGAAUUAGAGCAGCCAAUCAAAAAUCAGCGGCCAUGUUCAUUUGUAGCUCCUCCCCCUCCUAUGGAACCUCCACCUGCAGACUCGGAAACUGUAGAUUAUAAUAUUUUUAUUGGUUCCCGAGUGGACAUGGUCGACGUUGGUGUGGAAACCAGUGACGACAGUGGUUCCGAAGGCCCAGAAAGCUCUCCUGUCAGCAUCCACAGUCGACCUGAGAGUCGUAACAGCGUAAGCUCUGUUAAUACUAUUGAGGACAUUAAUAUGGCUUUUGAGCUCACCAUCGCCGUGGCAGAGCAGGCUAUGAAGGACGAUACUGAUAACGACGAACAAGAUGGGAAGAAAGUCAAGGAGGAGGCGUCCAGGUUUGUCAAAGAUAUGGAAAAAAUGAACCAAGAGGAAGUUCCCAUCCCACAGGAAGAAGUUAUCACCAGGGAAAUGGUUCUUGCAGAGGAAAGUUAUCCAACUCAGAGGGAGAACCAGGCUUUAGGGGAGGCAGAUGAUAUGACAAAAGAAGAAAAAAGGAGGAGCAAGUCGGAGGACUAUGAGGUGUCCGAGAUCACGUACAAUGUCAUGAUUGAUAGUGCUCCGCCUGAAUUCCAGGACAGCGAACCUGUCAUGGAGGGAGUAGUGGAUUACAAUGAUAAGGAUGAAGAGGAGGUUACAGAAACAAUUGAAGUUUUUUCGCCUUUUGAAUAUAUGAGGUCAACCUGUCCUCAUGAUUUAACUGAUGGACAUGCCCGUGAUGAUGAGGAAGUGAAACAAAAGGAAGUUCUAGUGUUCAAUGUAGAGGACCUCAAAAGUCCAGAAUCUCCAAGAACUAGUGAGGUUAAGCCAGUGGCUGAACCUCCUCAACCUCCAAAAGUGGAAGUUAUCAAACGACCUCCAACGCCUCCAAAAGAAAAACAGCCCGAGGCUCUUGUGUUCACUCUUGAUGACUUACAAAAUGUUAAUUUCUCUGGUGCUAGGAAGAGGGAGGUCCAGCCUCCUCCACAGAAGACCAAGCAACCCUCUGCAUUGGCAAGUAAGGAGGUGAUCAAACUAGACAAAAAGGAGGAGGAGGAAGAGGAGGAGGAGGUGGAGGUUGUGGUCCGACGUGUGUACACGGAGGAAAAUGAGGGCUUCAGUAACCCUGUUAUAGAUCUAGACAGCCUGGGGGUCGAGGACCGAGGCGAGAUCAGUGUGAAAGACAGGUGCACAGAACUAUCCUUCUCUCCUAAUUCUGAGGGCGAGCAAGAACAUGUCCUGGAAGAGAAAUCCAUAUCAAUGAUAAAUCUUCCGGCAAAGCGACAACAGACAGGUGGACAAGGGGAGGAGGUCAUCCAAUCUGUGCGGGUAGAGAAAUCCCAUUCCCCUCGUGCUUUAUUCCAGGAAAAAUCAAAUGACCAGGUGCGCAGCCAACACAAAUUGAGUGUGAACGAUUCUGGCCUGGAUAUGGAGAUGAACGGAUCUGAAGUGAAUGAAGAAGAGAUUGGAGAAGGCCAGAAACAGCAGGAUCUUCAGAACCAAUUUUCGCAGUGGCAACAGCAGCUUGUUCAGAAUCAGGCACUUCUGUCAUCGACCGAGAACCUCAACACAGAGGACAGCUCUACCCAGCUUCAGGCCCAACUCCAGGCUCAGCUCAAGGCCCAGCAGGAGAUGAUGCUUAAGAUGCAACAGAGCAUGCAGCUCCUUGCAUUGCAACAACAGAAGGCUGAACGGGAACCAAUACCUGCCAAAGUUGAGCUCCUUCAGACGGGUCCUCAAAAGCAGCAGGUGGUUGCUACGCCUGUCACGCCUCCAGCAGCACCACCAGCUCCUCCUCCUGCACCGUCGUUGCCACAAAAUGGCAGUGUGAAGACAGGAGGCAAGGGGAUUUCAACCCAUGAUGCCAAACCUGCAUCCUCUUUGGUUGUAAAACCCAAGGGCAAGGGUCGCAGGAUUAUCGAACCCCCAAAACUGGACCCCAGGGAGGAGCUCAUGAUUGCCAUUCGUAACUCCAAUGGAAUGAAUUCCUUGAACCAGGUUCCAGUAAAGAAGACAAAGUGGCAUAAAGCACUACAUUGAACGUGACUGUACGUAUGUUACAGUGGUUUUGGUUGGAUAGAGACCUACACCUGGGAACAAGUCUAUAUUAGGGCAUAGAAUCGCCUUGUGUACAAGUACAUGUCUAUGCAAUAUAUGUGUCAGUGACUAUACCAGGUUGUUGAUUUCUUGUGGAAUAUAUUGAUCAUCAUGGAGACAGGUGUCGCAUGACCUGGAUAUGGACGUCAUAUGACAUGGAGACAGGUGUCACAUUACCUGGAUAUGACGGUCACAUGACAUGGAGACAGAUGUCACAUGGCCUUGAUAUGGACGUCACAUGACAUGGAGAUAGUUGUCAUAUGACCUGGAUAUGGACGUCACAUAGCAUGGAGAUAGAUGUCACAAUACCUGGAUAUGGAUGUUACAUGACAUGGAUUCAGGUGUCACAUGACCUGGAUAUAAAUGUCACAUGACAUGGAGACAGGUGUCACAUGACCUGGCUAUGAACGUCACAUGACCUUGUGAUAUCACUUGAUUUGGAUACAUGUUUCAUUGAUAUGAUGGUAUAUUGUUUACAAGAUGUGACAUAUUUUAAUAGAUUGGAGAAGAUUAUAAACAGUACCAUUACUAAAAAAUAUCCAUUUCUCCAUCUUUCAUUUCAAGAAUAAGGAGAGCAUGAUGAGUGUUCUUUUAAGAUUUGUAUAAUUUAACCUGACUUUGAUAAGACAAUUAAAGCAUUUUCAUGCCAAACUUUUGGAUUGAAUAUGGGGAUGACUUAACUUGGACCUGAACUUUUUUUAUUGCAAAUGCUUGCAGGUCUGAAUGGCCUGAAUGGCUUGGGUCAGAGCAAGCUUUAUGAAACCAGUUGUACAAGACAAGAGCACUGUACCGCCUAGAGUUUUUGUAUUACAUUCUAGAUGUAAUUUACCUUCAAAAUUAGCCAGUCAAUCAUUUUUAAACUGGGCAGUAUCGUUUUUUAGAGCAAUACAUCUAUAGGCCAAUGUGUUCAGUGUGUUUGUAGUAAUGCAUUUUCUUCAACCAAUCAUUCCCAUCUUCAGAUGUCAGAGGUUAAAUCGCAUCAACAUGCAUAAACAGUUGGAUCUGAAGGGGAGUUACAGGAUUGUAAACAGGCAUUGAUGGAUUUUAAUCAGAUAUGAUCAUGAGUUUAGAGAUUUUGUGAAGUCUACUUAUUUCCACAUUUCAAGAUUUUUAUUUAAAUAAUCACAAUGAUGCAAUAAUUACAAGAAGUGUACUUAAUGAUGUAAAUGUCGAUGAUAACUUUAUGUUUGUGAAAUUUUGUACUGGAUAAAACAAAAUCAUUUUUCGUUAUAUUUUGUACCAGAUAACAUUUGAUACCUAACUUAUGAAGAUUUUAGAGUAGAUUUUUAUACUAGCAGUUUCUGUAUUUGCUUACAAUAAAUAAAUAUUGAAACUAAAGUGUUAAUAAUCCACAGUUCAAACAUCUAUAUAUGAACAUGGUGUGUUAAUUUUCAUUAAAACUGUGGCUACAGAUUUAUUUUACUUUGGAGGGACUAUGAGCCCCUUUGAGAUGAAACAAAUAAAAUUGAGGCAAAUAUUUCAUUUUGGUCUGAAAAUUUGAUAUGUACAUGAUUUUGUUUGUCAUCAGAAGUGCCAAAUAUACAUUGAUAUUUGUACAUUAAUGUAUAAUAUUGAAAAAUAUUUCUUUGUUAAAAUUGCAUUCAGGGGAGAUAACUGUACUUAUCUUGAUUAUUUCUUAAGUAAUGUAGAGGUGGCCUGCCUGAAGUGUAAUUGAGGAAAAUCUCUGAAACUUUUUCACAAAUCUAAUUUUGAAAUUAAUGAGUACAAGCUUUCAUGAGGCACCAUAGUUUAAUGAAGAUUUUUAUACUGUUGAGAUAUCAUUGUACACAAAAUUUUCAACUAUGGGCUGGACCUAUUGCAUCUAUUGAGAUUUUGCUUUUAGGAAUAAAACUUUGAAUGUUUUUGCUCUGAUACUUCUAUAAUGCAAAGAAAAGAACUUUCAAGAAAUGUCUUAUAGAGCAAUUUCAUAAUUUUUCAUUUCAAAUGCAUGUAAUAUAAAGUGUUACCAUGGAAACUUACAAGAACUAGAUUUGUUACUAUAUUUUUGUUUUAUAAAUAAUGUACAAAAUCAUCCCCCCUCCCCCAGGAGUCAAUUGACUAGUCUGCUUCAAAAGUUGCCAAUUCCAUUGUGGGUUAGGAAAGGGGUGUGAAGAUUACAUGAUAUUCUUGGAUCAGAAAAGGUCGACUUCUGACCUGAAGAGCCAGUAUUUUGUGAUGUAGCUAGAAUAAUUUUUAAGUCCAAGAUAUAGAUGUACAUUUUGUAGAUGGUAAAGUGCUAUUUUUAUAAGAAAAUAACUAUUUUGUACAGUUUGAGCAGUCAGUUGGUUUUAGGAAGUCUACAUAGAUGGUGUAAUGUCUUCAACAAGUCUUUGAAAAUCCAAACUGUGUCAAUGUUCUCGCAGAAUAUUCCUUGAUAAGAAAAAAGUUAAGGAUAUCAGAGAAAUGUCAAAUGGAAAAUGUUGAAGAACCUUUUGUUCCAGUUUUUGCAUUGAUUUCCCUAAAGAAACCGACUAUCAGCAAUGAAGGAUCUGAGUUGAAUACAGUGUGUUGGUUAACACAUACAACACCAAGAAAACCUGCUUAGUUGGCAACAUUUGACAAAUUUGUAUUUAAAAUCAGACGGCUCGUUUAAGAGUUGUUGGACAGACGGCGAAUGUGACACGUAAGGUGUUGUUGCCAUGGAAUCACAACACACAUGUCAUGGGACGUAUCAUUACUUAGCAAGUGCAAUGUUUAUUCAUCAAAGUUUAUAUAUAUAUUAUUAUGUACAUGUAAUAUUACGCCCCUGUGUUUUGAAAAAGAUGAGUCCUGUUGUAGUUCUGAUUCAUCUUAAUCUGUACAUAUAUCAACCAUGUCUUCCCAUUGUUUGAACAAUGUAGAUAACAAGAUACAUUCAUCUGCAUAUUAUAUUAUUUCCACAAUAAAAUUUACAUACUGUACAUCUUUCACAGUAUCUUUAGUCUCAAAAAUAAUGAAAUUGGGCACAUCCAAAUUUGAAAUUUUAUUUCAACCCCUAAUAGUAAGGUUCCAAUGAAGUUUCUAUAGUAACUGUAAUUGAAGUAUUCGAAAACCAGUUAUUUCCCAUCUUUUGCAAUCAAAGGUAUUCAAUCAUUGAACAAGAGAUAUGCCUUAUUCUUUGUUAUUUUAUCUUGCAUUAAUUUAUGUGAUAUCAUAUCAAAGAGUUUUUAAAAUUAUGAUAAAUGGCAUUUAAAACUACAAAUAUUUAGUUGAAAUAUGAUUAAAUAUGUAACAUUAUUGAAUUCAUUUAUGACAAAAUUCAAUGUUUCCUAACAAAUGUUAUUGCAUUUCAAUGGAUUAUAUGACGACUUGAUUACAAGAAUAUGCCAUAGAAAAAUUAAAUAUCAAACCAACAUUUAACAAUGUCACUCAACUAUAAAUACUAGAAUAAUUGAAAUAUUUCUUCUCAAAUUUAUUAAUAAAGAUGUGGCUACAAAAUAUAUAAUUUUAUCUUAGAGUUGAGUUCCUACAGAUCUUUCGAUAUUUUGAUACCUUGUCAUAAUGCAUUUUUUUUCUUGUUAUGAAUUGAAAUAUGGCGUAGUGAAAUGCAAUCAUUAUAAGAUAUGAGGCAUUUUAAUCGCUUUUAAUUGCAUUUUGUUGGGUGUCAAUGCGAUGUAAGCCAUACCAGGGCCAUGCAGUUUCUUUGCAUGGAUAAAUGAUGAGUCUUGCUUUUAGAAUCAGAAAUGAACAGCAAACCUGUUUUUAUUAUUCUGCAACUUAUCUUUAAUCUUUUGUAAUUACCUGGUAAUAUGCAUGGAAUGUUUUGUGAUACUGGAAAAAUAAUCAUAGCAUUUAAUAUAUUUAAAAAAAUAUUUGCUGAAAAUCAACAGGAACCCAUUUUUAAGGUAUGGAUAUAUAUUCCAACUUUAUAUUGUCCAGAAUGAAUGAGCUAAAUGUAUUUAAACAAAAUAAAAUUCACAAGGCAAGAAACUUUUCAUUGAAUCAGAUUUUUAAUGCAGAGUCAGCUGAUGCUUAUCAACUGAGAUAAAUAUUCAUACAUUAUUUCAGGGCAGCCUUUUAUGUAUAUAUAAAAAGUAAGACAUUUUUAAGUCAUGUUAAAAUUGAACUUAUGAGAUGUUCAUGGAAACUAAGAUAACAUUUAUAGUUCAUGUGUACCAAAUUGUAUAAAUUAAAAGUAUAUGUAAAUAUUUAUGAUAGUACAUUCCAAAAGAUAUCUCAAAGUUUACAUGUUUUGUGACAAGUUCAGCGAGAGGUAAUAUAUAUAUAUGUACGGGAAUGACUAAAGGUCAAACAGAGACGGAUGCAGGAUCAGAUUUAUUGUAUACAUUUGUUGGGACAGGGAUGCUACAAGUCACAAAGGAUCGGAGAGAAAUCAUGUCAGAUAUAUUGUUGGUCACUUUAUGUCAAAUAGUUCACAAGAUCAGUGUUAUUGAUUAGUUUGUCUGUAUGUGUCUUGUCUACCUGUAGGAGUUAUCGUUUAGUUUUGCCUGCAUCAUCCUUGCCCCACUAGUGUAUUCCAUAAAUAUGAUCCUGUCCUUGUUGAUAUAGUACCAGAUGACAUAUACACAGAUGAUUGUAUGACACUUAUAGUUAUUGUAACAAAAUAUUAUUAUAUCCACCUAUGGUUAUUAUUAAAAUCUGCAGGGUUUAUUACCAAACCCCAGAUAAACUAUGA